GGUGGGGUGGGGUGGGGUCGUCUUCCUCCUCCUCUUCCUCUAGUCUUCCCCAAAUCAAGAGAAGUUGGUCAAAACCCUAGUCAAACCUCACCGCAGAUCCCCCACCCUACCUACGCCUACGGCUUGGAGUCGAUGAAUCACAAUGGCGAUGUGCCGUCGAGCCGGUGCCCGAAGCACCCGUCGCAGCCCCCCUUCACGGGAUUCUGCUCCGCCUGCCUGCUCGAGAGGCUCUCCACUGCGCCUGCGCGCUGCUUCCCCUCCCCGUCCCCAGUAGCCGCAGCCGCAGAGAUCUCCACCGAAAUCCCUCAGCCCAGGGUUCGGACUACGCUCCUCUACCUCUUCCAGCUCGACGACGACCAGGAAGACCAAGGGCAGCAAGUCCGGGUGGACCAGGAAGACGAGCAAGGUCGCCAGCUGCAGCGCAAGCGCUCCCUCCGUCAAUCCUGCGAGUGGAUCGUCUGCUGCGACGCCACUGCCGACUCCCGCCAGUCAUGGGACGGCUCAGCCGAUGCCCCCCCGCCCAAUUCCAACCCCAUCAUCAGGGCCAGGGGCUUCGUCACCAGGCCUGCCCAGAUGCUCAGGAGAUCCCUAUCCGAGUCUUGGAGGCACGCCCGCUCUCGCCCCGCCGUCCCAACCAAAGCCGCCUCCGUCUCUUCUGCCGGAAUGGACUCCGAGAUAUCCUUGGGGGGGGAUUCUUCUUCUAUCCAUGCUGCUGCUGCUGCCCCACGUCAGUCCUCUUUGUUCAAGAGACUCUACCGCCUCGGCCGCAGUCGCAGUGUUCACUGCUCCUCGCCUCAGAUUAGGAGCCUCGAUACAGGCACGCUCCGAUUCCAUCUCACUCCUCUCACAAGAAACAGCAGCACCAGCACCAGGCUGAGCAUUGCAAACAAGAUCCAAGGGAGGCGCCUCAACCUCUUCGACUUCUUUGCUAACCAAAGACAACAACUAUAGUACGUCUUACUCCAUAUAUUCUACACCCAUCGAGCUCUGCCUACUUGCUGGAGGACAUACGUUUCAGUAUGUCCCAACCCUGUACAUGGUUCACACAGCCUCACUUCUCAUGCGCCUGGAUCUGUCAAUCACCCUUUACUAAGUUGCUAAAAGCCGCUGGACAUGUUUAUAUCAUCGUCGUCGUCAUCGUCAACUGUGAGUCCCUGUCCCUCUAUAUUUCACCGUUGAUGACAAUGUUCGAGUUACCAUGUUUGACAACACCAGCUACACAGUUUGCAUUCGGUUCAGUAAUUAUUGGAAAUUGUAAAGUAGCAUGUUCCUUGAUAACUGAUAGCGCUAAUGAUUUGUCUCAUUUUUUUUGUACUAUGUAUGCUAUUAUUAUUGUUAUUACAGAAUAAGUUCCUCAACUUCGAUAUCAAAAUUACUAAAAUAGCAGCUAUGACUAGCUGACUAUGUUCA